AUGAUGAAUCUUUAAAAAUAUUAGAUUAAGCACUUACCGUUAAUCCACAAUAUAGCUUUUCUCUUCAAUCUAAAGGUAUAUUAUAAUCAUAAUUUUUAGGUUUAUGUUUAGAAGAGCAAUAAAAUUAUAAAGAAGCUUUAAUUUAUUACGAGAAAUCAUUAAAGAUAAAUCCAAAUGAUCAAUGGACAAUAAACUAAAAGAGUAUUGUUAACAUAUUAUAUUAGAAAUUUGCGAGAAUAAAUUGA